AUGUCCAGAGGAUCAAUUUACUUCAUAACUGCAGAUAAUAGUGGAGGAAAAGAGGACUGUUACAAGUCUGAUACCUACUGCAAAAGAGGUAGAAUUUGUCGUCCAGGGAAGAAGUCGUGUUCUCCUCCAACGCCACAACAAAAAUGCUUCCUGCUCGGCUCAAGCAGACGAGAGUUGUGUUAUCGUCCUGUACCAUAUUGUCACCGAGGGUACGUCUGCAUCAGAUGGAAAAAGUACACACAAUGUAGGCCACCGUACACCGGUAAAAAUUGCAAGAAAAUAGAGAGAGAUGCAUGCUAUUCUAUACCAUGUCAAAACGGAGGGACAUGCACAAUUAACGAGAACUCGUACCAGUGCACCUGCAACAAAGGGUGGUCCGGACUGAACUGCAGGGAUUUCAACGGAACUUUCAAUUAUGAAUAUAAUUUGCCGAUUCUGUGGAAUCCAGCUUCUAGAAAUAUUGAAUCGAUAUCAAUCUACCUGACAACAAACACCUCUUCAACGGUAGAAAUCUCCACUUCAGAAAAUCUAAAUGCGACACUGAAAAAUGAUAUCGAUCAAAUAUUUUUCUUCAACUCGGAACGCAAAGUUGCCCUCCCUGCAGAAAUGCAAGGUAUUAUUCUUCAGAAAGAACCAAAAGCAGUGAAAAUUCGCUCAACUGAUCCAGUUUCUGUCUUUCUGUUAGACAACGACUCGUCAGAACCUGAUGACAGCUCUCUUAUAUUCCCAGUAGAAGACAUUCCAACAAGAGGGAUAUGGUCAUAUUUCUAUUUCAUACCAUCUACUGUCCCACGAUUAGUUUCUAACACCGCGUAUUCAACCGUAUUUGGUAUAGCUGCAUUAAAGAAUAACACAGAUGUCUCGCUUGAAUUUCAAAUGCUCGACAACGGAUCAUCUAUAUCUAUUAAUGGUCAAGAGUUCGGUCACCGGGACUUUUUUAAGACAACCUUGGAUAGUAUGGAGACAUUACAGAUUGGAGACAACACUGACCUAACUUGA